AUGCAGACCUCUUCGACAUCCUUCACGACCAUUCCGAUCAGUGCCGCAGAUUGCUUUGACAUCGCGUACCGACAGUUGUGGCUCUAUGCCCUGCGCGAGCAGCGGGACAUGCCAAUCAAAAGCAAAGAAAAACUGGCGACGGCGAAGAUACGACAGGCCGAUGAGGUCGUGGUAUCUCGAUUCGCGCGUCUGGCGCAGAAGCUCGGUUUCAAAUCAGAUGAGAUCAAGGCCUUAGUGCAAAUGAACCCGGACCAAGAGAUUGCGCGUCGACUGCUGACAACAGCCAGAAAACCAGAGGAAUUCGAAUUCGACGAUAUCAACGCCAGUAUCGAUACUGUCGCGGAUGUGCUGGCCACGGCGCGGCCAAUCUCCGCGCAGCUAUUGACGGAGGAUGAUGAAAUCGAUUCUGUCGAGAAACCACCAGCCCUGUGCGGCCAACCCCAUGCAGCGGACCAUGCUCGGGAUAAAAGGGAUAUGUUCCUAGACAAGCUUCACGGGCCAAUGCCGAGACCUCGUUUGCGUUUGACAUCCAUCUUUAUUCAGCGAUCAGCAUACUUUGCCCUCUUCGGCCAAGACCUCGGCAUUUCCGUGGCCGGUCUGGAAUCAACGGAAGACACGCACAUGCUUGACCAUAGCAGUAGCCACGAGCAACGUUUGCCACUGCACGUCGCAGAGCGACGAACAAGCGCCCACAGAAGCACGGAAGAGCAAGAAGCGAGGCUGGCACAGCUGGCGGCAACAGAACGACAGCUUUCUCGACACGUUGCACAGCUGAGAAACGACAUGGCGCUCCAAGAAACGAGACUUCUUACACUGAGGGGUGAAGAGCAGGAGGCGCUUCAAAGGCUCAACAGACUGCAGCAAACAGAAGCCGAGCAUACGCUUCGUGUAGAGAGAACAGAGACGAGCCAAUCUUGGCGACCAGAUCCGGCUCGAUCUCUUGAGUCCCGGCGAGAAAGAGCACCUGGCCACUGUUGA